AGUUCUUCAUCAUCGUCGUCAAAUAUGGCAAAUAAAAUAGCAGUACUUGGUCUGUCCUCCAUAUUACUUGUGGCGGCAGUUAUCGGUGUUGUAACCGUCUCCAAAAGAGGAGGAGAUACCGCGUCCGAUAGCAACAACGGAGAGAUAUCAACCACAACCAAAUCCGUGGAAUCUCUAUGCAGAUCCACCGAUUACAAAGAAACAUGCACGAGCACUCUGACACCGGCUGCGGGCAAUGUAUCCGAUCCUAAAGAGCUUAUUAAGAUUGCUUUCAAUUUGGCUGUUGGGGAAGUUUCUUCCGCAUUGCAGAAUUCCUCUGUUAUACAGCAAGCGCAAGCCGAUCCUCGAACGCAUGCAGCAUUCGAGAAUUGCAAAGGGCUUUUGGAAGAUUCAGUUGAUGAUCUUCAAAGUUCAUUUGAUCGAUUCGAUAGUUUUGACUUAACACGAAUGGAUGAAUUCUUUGAUGAUCUCAAAACAUGGCUUAGCGGAGCUCUAACUUUCCAGGGGACUUGUAUCGACGGGUUUGAGAACACGACCGGUGAUUCAGGCGAAAAGAUGAAACAACUACUAAUGAUCUCGGGCCAGAUGACGCGUAACGGUCUUGCCAUGAUAGAUGCUUUAGGUGACACGAUUAACACGUUAAAUAUCUCGGCACUCACUGGCAGGAGACUUCUUUCGUCUGAAGACGAGCUUCCGUCGUGGAUAGAUGCCAAGAAACGCCGUCUACUCGAAGCUCAUACCACCGUUGACGCCACUGUCACAACCUCAUCCACCUCCUUCCCCGCCACUGCCACUGCCACUGCCGCUGCCUCUGGACCGCCUCCGAACUUCAGUGGACCAAUGACUCCGAAUGUUGUUGUGGCAAAGGACGGGUCAGGGGAUGUGAAAACCAUCGCGGAAGCACUCAAUAAGGUUCCUAAGAAGAACAAGACUCCUUUCAUUAUUAAGAUCAAGGCCGGAAUCUAUAGUGAGUAUCUCCUUGUUAAUAAGAAGAUGAGUAAUGUUGUUUUGUUGGGAGAAGGUGCCGCGACAACUAGGAUCACCGGAAAUAAGAACUUUGUUGACGGCACUCCCACUUUCAAUACCGCCACCGUUGUUGUUCAGGGAAAUCACUUCUUUGCAAAGGGAAUCGGAUUCGAAAACAGCGCAGGAGCAAAAAAACAUCAAGCAGUGGCUCUCCGAGUAUCUUCAGACAUGUCCAUAUUCUACCAAUGCGACAUGGACGGAUACCAAGACACUCUCUACGCACACGUCCAUCGUCAAUACUACCGCGAAUGCAAAAUCUCGGGCACAAUCGAUUUCAUCUUUGGCGAUUCCAACGCCAUCUUCCAACAAUGCACAAUGAUAGUGAGACAACCAUUGGAAAACCAAGGUUGCAUGGUGACUGCCCAAGGCCGUGACGACAAGCGCGAGAACACGGGCUUAGUUCUUCAAAAAUGCACCAUCACAGCCGCACCCGAGUUCUUAUCUUCCCCGUACAAGGUCAUGGCAUACCUCGGAAGGCCGUGGAAGCAAUUCUCUAGGACAAUUAUAAUGCAAUCGACAAUAGAAGGGUUCAUAGCCCCCGAAGGAUGGUCACCGUGGGCGGGUAGCUUUGGAUUAGAGACUCUGUUCUAUUCAGAGUUUCAAAAUACAGGGCCUGGUGCUGACACGAGCAAGAGGGUCAAAUGGGGCGGGAUUAAGACCAUAACCGCGACCGAUGCAGUUCAAUUCACUGCUAGCAAAUUCAUUGCUGGGGAUUCAUGGGUGAAACCGUCUGGAUUGCCUUAUGAUUCGGGCAUGUAGAAUAAAU